CUGAAUAAAGAACAGAGGUGGGCUUUCUUUAUUGUAGCUGAGCAUAGUUUGCAGAAUCGCCCAGAUCAGCUGCACAUGUUUUUGGGUGGACCUGGUGGUACAGGUAAAUCCACUGUGAUCAAAGCCUUGACUGAUUUUUUUGCUCGUCGCCAGCAAGAGAGAUGUUUCAGGUUGUCGUCAUUCACUGGUGUUGCAGCUAAAAAUAUAUCAGGAUCGACAUUGCACGCACUACUAAUGCUCUCCCAG